AUGCUCGGCAUAUCGCCACUAUCUGCAACACUGUUGUAUACUAAGGAAGUACAAUGGACCAGAUCGGCCGGAUUAACUCGCAUCUCGCUGAAAAGUCCCUCUGUCGCCCAGCCACAUACUGACAGAGAGACAUAUCUUCGGAUUAAUGCUGCCAUCUUACAGAACUAUAGCACCUCGCCGUGGGCCACGAAUGAACAUUUCAUCAUGCCUUUCUGGCCACAAGGAUCAGUUCCUUCGCUAUGGAACUUCAAGUCCACCGACCCCCAGACCUGGGAAGCCGAAACUACAAUAUUUCGAAACGACUAUACGUGCAGUAGGCUCCGAUUGAGCAAAAAGAGUUUCCAACCUGCAGGCUACAAGGGCUACUCAGCAACUGCCAUCAUGGAGUCAGAUGAUGGGUGCCAAUACAACAUCACCAGGAAUGUAGCCUCAGACUUAGCAACAACUGCUGAGAGGAACACUCAAAUUGGAUCCUGGGCUCGAUUACCCUGGAUAAACGAUGGCAAUGGAGAGGAGACUGGAGGCCGGAUCAACCCAAUCAACGACUGUGGACAAGCAGAGGAAACGAUUAUAAUGAGUACAGCAUGGUACGGUAAUAACAAGCCACGCGAUUUUCUGCCUGGUUUCGACAUCACCGCUUACGCCUGUCACAACAACCAUACUAUGGCAUCGAUGCCCGUCUAUGCUUCAUCUACUGCGACCGGGCUCUCAGUGGAUUUUGAUACAGAACUCUUCGAUCGAAUUCGUCAGCCAGUGCCAUCAACUGUCAUAGAUACUUCCCACCUUCUAGACCUGUACACAGACCCGGCAUGGUACAAUUAUAUUCCGCAGAAAGGGUAUCUGAACAGGUCAUUAGGCUUAUUCGGUGGAGCCAGUGUCUUGCUGGGUACGAAGCACAGAUUCAAUAUUUCUGAAAUGAUCGACGAUCCAGACCUGGCAGCAAGUGCUGCACAAAUGAGACGAAGAGCUUUCGCAGAGAUCCUGCAGACUUCUCUGCAGAAUCCAAGUGAUACAGACCUGGAAGAGGUAUCAGGUAUGAGAAUUGCACCGGAGAUCCGCAUCUUAGUCAGUUCGCAAAUUGCUUUAGUGCUUUGCGUUCUAUUUUUCAUGUCCUUCUGCAUUCUUUUAGCGUUGAUGUGGACUACACAGCUCAGCUACAGGCCUUUAAAUCUUCACAACGAUCCAAGUACUGUUCUUGGACUAAGCGCGCUGAUCUCGUCAAAUGCCUCGAUCUUAGCUACGCUCAAGACAUUGGAUCUCGCUCCGAGGCAAAGGCUAAAGCUUGAACUUGCGGAGCGGCGUUAUUUUACUUCACCAGGAACACUUGAAGAAAUAUCAGACAAAGAGUCCCUUCUCGAUACAUCUCUCCCCUCUAACGCAGCUACGGUACCUGUAUUGCGCGUUCGAAAUCUCCUCGGACUAGCCCUGUAUAUCUUGGCACUCUUAGCUGCAGUGUCAAUACUCUUUGGUCUAUCUCAGAAGUCAAACCUUCAUCAGGCUUUAUUCACAUACCGCGCGAACCUAGAAGUCUUUGGUGGAGUGAAGGAAUUCUCCCCGUUGGCCUUCACAUCGACCUUCUUAGCUGUGGCUGUUUCACUGUGGUGGGAAUCAAUUGACAACGCCUGUCGAACUCUACAGCCGUUUAUAGCCAUGUCAUCAGAGCCCAAAUUGCUUUCGAAGGAUCUGAACCAGACACUUGAGCUGCGUCGCGAUCCUUUCGUGAGAAAAGUCGCUAUGGGUUACACAAAAGAGACUAUUGAUCGAGGGCCACCAAUCAGCAGAGAAUGGAAUACAUGGAUUGGACCAACUCUGGAGGAAACAUUUACUGACCUCAGCACCAACUGGAUGUAUACCGCUAUGAUACAAUCUACAAUGGACGGCCCGGACCCCAGAUGGAGUAAAGAGGGAUGGAGCUUCAUACCACUUGACUUGGGUGGUCUUGUGGAAACCCUUACAUUAACGAACUCAUCACUUAUUGCUCACAACGUCACGGUGCAGACUCCAGCGAUCAGAGCUCGCAUUGAAUGCAGUGCUAUCGAGGAGGUAGCCAAUAGCAGUCUGUGGUACAAAAGGUUUAAUGAGUCAGGUGUGGAUGCUUACUACGGGAGCUCUCUGCCUGAUGCUAUGUACAUCCCGCGCAUAUUGAUAGAGCAUGAUAGUCGAUAUACACGACUGAUCGCUCAGGCUACCCAACCUUCCUGCUGUGGUAAUUCGACAGAGCCAGGAGCCACAGAUGAGGAGAAAAUGACUGUACUUGCCUACUGGACAGAGAAUUGGUUAAAUGGCACCACAACCGGAGACUUCACCAUAAAGUGGCUUCGAGGCCCGACAGGCUUUGGCAGCUUUCAACAACGUGGUCUCACCCAUCUGUAUUUCUCCAAACCACCAAGCAUCCAAGCAGUGAACUGCAUUCCUACCAUCGAGACCGCCUCCGCAAGAGCAGUUGUCGACCAACAAACAGGGAACGUACGGGACUUUCAGAUUCUCGAGCACCCUGUUUCUGCAGAUGUUGCCUGGUCCGACGCCUUCCAAUUUCGCAACGUAACAGAGGAGCCUGUAUGGAAAAACUCUACAGAGGGACAGAUACUUCACCAUGAUGUGACUACUAGUUACGGCGUACUUUUCAUGAAAACUCUUUUGCGUGCAGCCAGUCUCCAGUAUCUGGGCCUAGAGAGACCUGCCGACAUACAGUAUCAGGCUCUAGAGUCACAGGAGAAGUUCUUCAACAUGAAAGACAACACGACCGGCUUCAAUGUCGAUUUCAUGUCACACGCAAGCUAUGCACAAGCCGGGCUUGACCCGAACGCUCUCCUUGACAGUGCCACACUCAUCGCGGAGUCGCAGAAGGUAUUCUCGACCUUCUUUCAGCAUUAUGUAGGGAGUAGUGUCUCUCUCGAAACCGGUGGCUGGGCCUAUCAACCAGUCGGCUCCAACCUCAAAGUCAAAGAGCCUUUCAGCUCCGUGCCUCAGUUGCUACCCAACGGGAACGUGGCUCCCAAGUUUGAGGACGUGCCGUUACAGAACACGAGUCGCACAGUGAGCGCGGAACUCAAUACCCAAGUGCCAGUGCUUCGAAUCAACCCUGUCGCUUUUUGGUUGGCCGCAGCAAUCAUGGCAUGGCUGCUUGUCACACUCUUGAUCUUCACGGCAGUACAACGAAGAUAUCUGGGCGGCAUGAAACGAAACAUCGAAUGCAUGGCAGAUGUUCUGGUUCUGGUUGCAGGAAGCGAGCAACUUCUGCAGCUAAUUGAAACGAAAGGUGUGGACACGCUCAUGAAGGAGGACACUAUCCACACCCGAUUGGGAUGGUUCAGGGACGACGAUGGGACAAUGAGGUGGCGUAUCGACGUUGCUGAUCAUGAUCAGAUAUUGAUGCGUCCUCUAUCUGGAUCCAGUGCGUACGUGCCUGUCUUGAAUCCCGCAGGACACGGUUUCGAGGAUGCCGGAAGCUCAACGGUUACUCUGGAGGACUCGAGCAGUGUUCGCGGUAGAAACUAA